GAUGACAGUUUGGCGAAUAUCGGAAAUUUAUCAAAUUUCAAACACGACUGUUACUUUUUGUCCAUAACAGCUAAAUGUGCAAAAAGAAAGUAUUAUGAUGCAAAUAUUAAUGAAAUAGUAACCAUAAAAUUGGAUAUUGAUCACAAAUUUGAGUCCGAAACUGUGAGAGAGAAUACGGGGAAGAAAGAGAAGACAGACGUAUAGCUCUUUAUCUUCCAUCUUCUCCAAGUAUUGCUGCAAUUUUAAGGUUUUCCACCUGUGUCAUUGUGAUUGCUGUUCGCGCCUGUAUUCAGGCUCCUCAACUUUGUUAUAUACACGAGGGAUCAACUUAAGGGACAUUUUGAACAUUUUCUCUUCUCCCCACAAAACUAUAGAUUUUUUAAUUGAAAGAAGAGGAGAGCCAAGCAGUUGCCUAUGCUAUUGCGUGUGGAAAUGUCAUCAAUUUAGAGAGAGGCAGAGGAAGCUCAAAUCAUGCGCUGAAUACUUCCCCCUAUUUAGGACCAGAUAUAGUAUUUGCAGAUCAAUGGGUUUAGGGAAUGAGGUACAGAAGAUUCUAAGCUGGACAUCUGUGUGUGGUAACCUUGCGCUUCAUUUUGUCUGGCUCAUUUUACACUUGAUCAUCAAUGUUUGGUACUCUGUAUUACGCAUAGCUCGUAUGGUGGAAAAUAACCUUAUUUCGUGUGGGCUGCUAAAGAGUUACAAUGCCGUUGACAUUAGUAAAGUGCGCUAUCUGGCUGUUGUGAUUGAGAGUGAAGAAGCUCGCGAAACUUCAAAAGUUCUUGAGUUAUUGUGUUGGCUUGCAUCUAUUGGUAUAAAAAGCAUCUGCCUCUAUGAUAGAGAAGGAGUGCUGAAAAAAUCCCAGACAGCUAUUAUAGAAGGAUUGAACAAGUCCCAGAAAGCCAUUGUAGAAGGAUCGGAUCAUGGAACCUUGGUUGAGCAUGUAGACCUGGAGUUUGUCUCUUUUGCUGAUUCAAAGCCUGCAGUGGCCAAAGCAGCUAAUUUACUUUUUGCCAAGCACUAUGCUAAUACAAAACCAGAAAAGCGUAAUUUUACAGAGUCUGACAUGUUUGAAGCGCUACAAGCUGUAGGUUAUGGGGGACCAGAGCCUGAUCUUUUAUUAGUUUAUGGUCCUGUGAGAUGUCACAUGGGUUUUCCAGCAUGGAGAAUCCGGUACACUGAGAUCGUACAUAUGGGGACCUUAAAGUCCAUGCAAUUUGGUUCCCUCAUAAAAGCCAUCGACAAAUUUAAAAAGGUGCAUCAAAACUAUGGCCAAUGAACACUACCAGGUGGAGUGAUUUUCCCUUAGACGGCGACAUUGUUACACUUUUCAGCAUUUGCUACACGCAGUCAGCUUUGUCUUAUAUAUGUAUGAUGUUCCAAGAUUUCAUACCAAAACCAAAAAAAAAUUGGCAUCAAACCUUUAACAAAUAACCCUGUUUUGACUAUUGUUGUGCACGUUGUUAUAUAACUAGUUAGGGAUUCCUCUUCAGCAGAAUCUCUUCUUGUGAAAAAUUACAAGAACUUAUGAUGGUGUAUUAGUGAAUGAGAGGAAAGUUGUUUUGAGGAUAGUAAAACUUAUAUAUAGUGUGGGGAAUUUUAGUAGCUCAGUUGCACCUGAA